CUGCGCACUGCGCAGCGCCCUUCCCCCACCCCUAGACAACCAGAGCUGAGCUGCGGUGAAGCUGAGGCUCCGGGCAUCGCUUGGGCGGGCUGCCUGCUGGGCUUCUUAAACCUUGGGCAGUGGAGGGAGGAGCUGGAGCCUGCCUGCGCUGUAAGGUCAAGUGGUACCCAGGAGGAUGAAGCAGGGCCUAGUGGACGAUACUGAGGAUGUGUCCCUGGACUUUGGCAACGAAGAGGAGCUGGCCUUUAGGAAGGCCAAGAUCAGGCACCCGCUGGCCACCUUCUUCCACCUGUUCUUCCGAGUGAGUGCCAUCAUCACCUACCUGUGCUGUGACUGGUUCAGCAGGAGUUUCGUGGGCUGCUUUGUCACCGUGCUUCUCCUUCUGUCCUUUGACUUCUGGUCUGUGAAGAAUGUAACUGGAAGACUCAUGGUGGGUCUUCGAUGGUGGAACCAGAUAGAUGAGGAUGGAAAAAGCCACUGGAUAUUUGAAGCCAAAAAGGUCUCCCCAAGCCACAUGGCUGCCACUGAGGCCGAGGCGCGCAUCUUCUGGCUGGGUCUCAUCAUCUGCCCAGUGAUCUGGAUUGUGUUCUUCUUCAGCACCUUGUUCUCCUUGAAGCUGAAGUGGCUGGCUCUUGUGAUUGCUGGCAUUUCCCUCCAAGCUGCAAACCUCUAUGGCUACGUCCUUUGUAAGAUGGGAGGCGAUGGUGACAUCAGCACAGUUGCAGCCAGCUUUCUGUCACAGACGGUGUUUCAGACGGCUUCCCCAGGUGACUUUCAGAAACCCAGGCUUGAAGGGCUGGACAUCCAGCAGCGUUAGGUGAGCAAUGGCUGCAGCUCAGAGGCCUGGGCACUUGUGGGACAUGCAGCUCCUGACCAGCUGUGCCACUGGCCUAGGUGGACUCUCCCCAGUCCUCCAAGUUGACCUGGAGCAAGUCCAAGCUGGAACCCCAAUGUUUAGGGCCUGCAGAGAACCCAUCAACCUUCACAAAGAUGGCUUCUGCCUCACAGGGACCCCAACAUACCCCAAGAGAAUACUUGUAAAGGGGAAGGGGAAGACGGGAGAGGGGCUGCCCCCUUGUGCUGUCAUGCCACAGUGGUGUGGAAUGGCUUCCCUCAGCAGCUCCCAGGUGUACAUCUCAGUCCUAGAGCCUGAGGUCAGGACAAUUACAAUAAUCUCUCAAAGUGCCAGGAAAUGGUUUGCUGGGAUUCUGGGGAUUAUGGGAUGUCUUGGGGUACCCAUCAUCCCAUGGGUGAUUUACAGGCUUUUCUAGCCAAAGAAUUUCCAACAAUCCCAGCACGAUACUAGAGCUGGAGAACAGUGUGGCAGAGGCUGCAUCAUUCUCCCUCCUCCUGGGAACAACUGUGGCCUCUGAGACAGAGUCCCCCACCCCACCCCCAAGCUUAAUACAUGAGGCAGACACAAUUCCUUGGAUUCCUGUGACCCAGAGGGUUCCUAGUCCCUGGGAUUCCAGAAAGCAGGGCUGAGGGACAGGUUCAGGGAGAUGGCUUUAUUUCAAUGACUGGCCCCUGGAUGCAGAGUGUCUUUGAUCUUUGAGGAAAUAGGCAAACAGGUGAUUAAAGUGUCCUAAGGAGG